AUGCAGGGAGGAUAUCAAAGAGACUGGUACCCUCAGCAUCUUGGCCAGGGAUUGGCGUCAUCCCUAUAUUCACCUUUUUCGGACGACAAUAUUUUGAGCGAUCGAGCAACUCGAUUAUCAAGGGUACCUCGAUCACCUUGUCAGAGGGGUCCAGGUUCCUCAAACAGCCCCUCGACGCUGCCUUUAUUGGAGGAGUUAACUCUUUAUGGAACACCCCACUGGGAUAUCCUUUUCUUAAUGGUGAAGCGACGUAAUAUCACGACUGCGAAAGGAGUCAACCCGAUCAAAUCUUUAACUAUAACGACCCGCUGUCCUAAAGAACUGACCAGUGCGCUCAUAGGUCUAUUGAAAGGGAAAAUUCCAUGCAAUCUGGCGCUAUGCGAUCUAUCGAUCAAUGCUAUCUCAGAAAUAAUAAAGGAUCCGUCUAUAAGCUGUGAUUCUAACUUAUCAGAGGUGCUUAGAAUCACCGCUCCCCAAUGGAACGUCACGAGGAUUCCAGAUCUUCCGCCAUAUCCCAAUUUAGAGGAAGAUAUUCUGUCUACUUGGGAAGACCGUCAUAUUGCAUGGAUGAAGGAUAUUGUUCCGAAUGUACCGAGGGUAUCCUCUUGCGCAAAGUCGAUAGUUGAUGGGAGUCAAAUGUUAGCUCCUCCCCAACAAGAGGGUAUCAACCAGCGUACCAGCGUCUAUCUCGCGUGCCCAGAGAGCCGCAGAAGCAUCUGGAAACCCAAAGCUACGGAGGAUAUCUUGAUGGCUGAGUUGCAUGAGCUUCCCAGCACGGCGGAGACGCUCUUGACGGACAGGAUCUUGGUCUACGAGAGCAUUAGUACGAGUCAUAUAAUGAAUAGGCGCGGAGACCUCGGCGGCACCGCAGUCAUCCAGUUGACCAUAGUCCCACAGACCGUCUUGGAGAGUGAUGCGCAUCAUGAAUUCAUCAAGGCCAAGGGCAGACUGGAAGCACGAACCGUAGAACAGCCUCUGCAGCCGAGUACCUUUGGAUGGAUGUUGCUGCUUUUCAUUGAGUCCACCCGGCUUGAGACACAGCUGGAGCUCCUCCAUCCUCCUUCGGAAUUGCAGAAACUUGAGAAUAGGAAUCUCUUCUGGAUGGACGACCCUGAAAUUGCAAUUUUUGGGGGUAUCAUUGUUCCAGUAUACGUCCAAGUUUUGACAGUCCACUCCCCACACCUCGACUUACCAAGUUCCUAUACCACAGCCUUCCAAGUCUCAUCAGCCCCUGCCCUUAAUACGGGACGGAGGUACAUACCAAUAUCCAACACGCGUUUUGUGACUCCUUGCUCUGGCGCCAAUACCGCUUUCACUGUAUCGGUGCAGGG